AUUGGUUAUUAAGAUUUUAUAUUACUUGCUAGCGGGUAGUUCGUUAGAAGCGCUACUAUGAUUACUGGCUACAGGAUUCUGGGCACACGAGUUAAGUGUGCUCCGAACUUAAAGGCCUGGUGUAUAAAUAACAAAGAAAUAAAAAGAAGUGCUUUUCGGUGGGUCCCGGAUAAGAAGUUUAUGGACCAGCUGAAAGAUGCACUGGUUCCUCGUAGCGUUCGUAAAGAGAACGCAGAAAUUCAACCAGUCGAUUUUCUCCAGAAAAAACAUUUCGAGGUUCAAUCUGUUCAGUUGAACUUUGGACCCCAACAUCCUGCCGCUCAUGGUGUCCUAAGAGUUAUUAUGGAUCUGGAUGGAGAGCUUAUCGUACGUCUAGAUCCUCAUAUUGGUCUAUUGCAUCGUGGCACAGAAAAGUUGAUUGAAUACAAAACAUACACCCAGGCUUUACCGUAUUUUGAUCGACUUGAUUAUGCUUCUAUGAUGUGUAAUGAACAGUGUUUUUCGUUAGCUGUGGAGAAGCUACUAAAUAUUGAAAUACCUCCUCGUGCGAAAUAUAUUCGAACUCUUUUCGCUGAAAUAACUAGAAUAAUGAAUCAUUGUUUAGCUGUUGGUUCUCAUAUAUUGGAUAUUGGAGGUAUUACUCCAAUAUUUUGGCUAUUUGAAGAACGUGAGAAAAUGUAUGAAUUCUAUGAACGUGUAUCUGGUGCUCGUAUGCAUGCAGCUUAUAUUCGUCCAGGAGGUGUUGCUUUCGAUAUGCCACUUGGAUUAAUGGAUGAUAUUUAUCAAUUCUUAAAAAAAUUCCCACAACGAUUAGAUGAAAUCAGUGAUUUAGUGCAAGAGAACCCUAUAUGGAUUUCUCGUACGAAAGAUAUCGGUAUUGUUAGCGCUGAAGAUGCUUUAGAUAUGGGAUUCUCUGGAGUUAUGCUUCGUGGGAGUGGGGUUAAAUGGGAUAUACGUAAAACGGAACCUUAUGAUGCUUAUGCAGAUAUAGAAUUUGAUGUGCCAGUAGGUAUUCAUGGGGACUGCUAUGAUCGAUUUUUAGUCCGAAUGGAAGAAAUGCGUCAAUCUAUGCGUAUUAUAGAACAGUGUAUAAAUAAAAUGCCUGCUGGUGAUGUCAGAGUAGAUGAUGCUAAAAUCUGUCCACCUAAACGUGCUGAAAUGAAGGAUUCAAUGGAAGCGCUUAUUCAUCAUUUCAAGUUGUUUACUGAAGGUUACAUGGUACCGCCGGGAUCAACUUAUACUGUCGUUGAAGCUCCAAAAGGUGAAUUCGGAGUCUAUUUAGUCUCAGAUGGUACAAACAGGCCGUACAGAUGUAAAAUUAAGGCGCCUGGAUUUUCACAUUUAUCUGCAUUGGACAAACUUUGUCGUGGUUAUCUUUUGGCAGAUGUGGUUGCAGUUAUAGGUAAUACGCAGAUUUUAUACAUUCGGUUAUUUGUUACACUUUGUUUUUGUUGGUUUAAUUGCUGAUCAUCCUGAGAAUUUGGCUUUCCCAAGGUAUGGUGGUGAUAUUUGAAAGAGAUGUUGUUAGUGAAGACGAACCAAAGAAGACAGUAGGUACAUUGGAUGUUGUAUUUGGUGAAAUAGAUCGAUGAUUUCGUGAUAUACAUAAUAAUCAGUUUGUACGAUUAUUGUUAUCCUUGUCCUCUUAAUAAUGUAGAUUUAAUUUAAGCUUCAAUAAAGACUACAAUCUACU